AUGAAGGGUUUCGGGUCGGACAAAGCAGCAGGUUGCCCCCCUUCACGGGGUUCAUACGGCGGUGUUGCUGGUGGCUCAGACUCGGCCCCUAGACUUGACAUGGGGGGAGCCGGGGGCUUGACUGGCAUUCUGUUUCCCUGGACCCGCGUGGAGAUGACCAAAGACAUGAUCUGCAAGGGCACCAUCAGCGCGAUUGUUGGAGUGUUGCUGGGAAUUAUUUCUUCCCUCAUAGUGAACUGCACCCUCGUGGAGAUAUCAGUCUCUUCAUUCUUUUCCCUGUACCUCGGCAUUGUGUUUAUCACUGUUGGCGCUGUUAUUCUUUGGAGAAUAAACGUGAACGCAGAUGGGGCAUCUCAGGGGCGUAAACUGCAGCUGACGUUCUUUGCGGGUCUUAUCGUCUUUUCUGGGGUUCUGUGCUUUGUUCUGAAGAGAAACUGGUUCGUUGGGCUCCACGCAAUAGCCAAGGUGCCGCUGUACACUAUAUUGGGCGUGUCGGUGGCCUUCGCCUUGACGUUUUCUCUGGUAGAUGUCGUAAAUUACCUCUUUUCCUUCUUCCAGUCGUCUGUGUCUAAGCCUCUAGUUGAGUCCCGAGAACAAGCUUACAUGGUGCUAUUCUUUACUCUCAUUAUGGGUGGCGUCUUUGGCUGCAUAUUCGGCAUGAUGGAUGUAGAGGACGAAAUGCAGUACCAGAUCAAGCUUGCUCUUCUUAGGGAGCAACAGUUCUGCUAUCCUCUGGGUGCCCUGAUUGGAGGCCUUGCCGGCUUUAGCAACGAGAUCCUCAGGCAGUCCGAGCAGAAACUCAGGUAUUAUUCAACAGAAUUCGAUGAGGACAUCUAA